AUGACCCUCUACAAAGAUCCACCUCUGCCACAACAAUACUGGAUGGGUCAAGUGAAAUGCACAUCUGAAGAAGAGAGCCUUUGGAAAUGCCCUUAUGUUGGCAUCAGUAACAAUGAGGAGUGUGAUGAUGUGAAUCUACACAUUGUUGAUGCCAAGCUUUUUACCACAGGAGAAGUUAAACUGAGUUUGAAUCUGAAUGGACAGCGUGAUGUAUGUGCUGGUGUGGUGGAGUUCUCUACAGCCAACGGCAUCAUUGGGGUCUGUAAUGAUAACUGGGACCGCGUGAAACUCCAGAAUUUCACAACAGAGUGUUUUGGAGAUGUUUCCAUUGAUGUGAAUGGUAUUAACUAUGAAGUGUGCUCCAGUGAUUCGACUGAGUCCCGUAAAAAGAUGGGGAAGGUGGUCUGUCGAGAGCUUGGCUGUGGCAGCUUGGAUGUGCGUUUGAGUGACGGUUUGGGUCGCUGUUCUGGACGUGUAGAGGUGAAAUGGGAAGGCUCAUGGAGGCCCAUUAGCUCUAAAAGGAACACUAUGAAUUCAGACGUCGUGUGUAAACAUCUAAACUGUGGUGCAUCCUCAGAAAUAAAUAGACAACUUUUCACUGAAGGAGAAAAGACACUGCAAUGGCUGUGGGAUGUCAGCUGUAGAAGCUCUUCAGCAAAGCUCCAUGAGUGUUUCGAGAAUACUGGCUUGAGGACACCUCGUCAAAACGAGAAAAACAUAGAAAUCAUUUGCCAAAAGGAAGAACUGAAGUUCUUUGAAGGCGAUUCUCCAUGCAAGGGAAAAGUGCGCAUCAAGCAAUUUUAUGAUAAGGCUGUCUGGCUGCCUGCAACACCAGAAAAAGCCAAUGACGCAUGCAAAGCAAUGCAGUGUGGAACUCUGCUCUCUUUUGAACCGGAGCAAAACACCAAAGAUGCCAAAGUCACAUGUUCAGGGACAAAGACUCUUGCACUUGAAAACUCGCUUGGAGAAAAAUGCUGGGGAAUGGUGAAGGUCUGCGGAGAUGACCAGUGUGGAGGGGUUUGCAGCAACAAUUGGAGAACAGAUGAAGACUCCAAAAUGAUCUGUGGGAACCUGGGCUGUGGAAAUCCAAUUCCGGCCCAGUUACCACUUCAGAUAAAUAAUCUACCUGCCACUUACAGUAGUGUGUACUGCUCAGAAAAUGUACAAAAUAUGAUCAUGUGCAAUUUUAUUCCCAACAAAAACCCCACCUGCAAAUCCCUAGCCCACGUGAUAUGCACAGACAGCAUCAAAGCUAGACUGGAGGAUCCAAGAGACAAAUGCGCUGGAAAUGCAUCACUGUUUUACGCUGGGAAAUGGACACCCAUCUGUAAAGACAGUCUUGAUACAAAUCUUAAAAAUUUGAUCUGCAAGGAACAAUUUUGUGGGGAGAACAUAAAUGACCAACAUGAUUGGAUUUCACAAGAAGAAUCUAAAUCUACAGGACUAUCAAGAAUUAAAUGUCUUGAUAAUGCCAACUCUGUUUCUGAAUGUGACCUCAAAGAGGUUUCAGAGAAAGAAUGUAUUGUUGGCUAUCUGAAUUGCACAGGUGAAAAUGGAAGCAACAGUAGCACUAGUGCUGCUAGUGCUCCUGCUGUUGAACAAGAGGGGGUGGACAUUUCAGCUUUUGAGUCCUUCAGGUAA